GAACGAGAGAGGUAAAGAGGGCCGUAAGUGUCAGGUAGAGAGACAGACCUCAGCAUCCAUGGUGCCUGCGCAGACAGCUGUUUGAUAGACAGCUGAAGGCAAAGGGGAUCCAAGUAGUGAUGAAGCAUUACUGCUAUACCCCUCUCCUCAUCUUCAUACUACUUUAUGGGACCACCCAGUCCAGUCACACGCAAAUGGAGGGUCUAUCAUGUGUGAAUGACUAUUUGACAAACAUUUCCUGUGUGUGGUGGGACUCGGAUUUCUCCGGCCAGCAAUGUGAGCUUGAGGGGAACAGGGGCUUUGGGAGAAAGCCAAAAUGUGAGCUGGUGCCACUGAAGAGUCAUUCAUAUCUAUCGAGAGGUUGUGCUGUAAACUUUGAGGAAGUGAACUUUUUCUUUGCUGAUAGGAUCAAUUUUAUUGUGUUUUGUAAUGGAUCUCUCAUUACUGAAAUGCGUUAUCAUCCUGGCCGACACAUUAAGACGCACCCACCAGAAAAGCCAACUGUAAGCAGAGACAACAUAACGUGGAGUCGAGGCAUUCACUUUCCAAAUGACAUUAAACAAUAUGAAUUUGAGCUACAGUUUAAACAAGCAAACACAAGCUGGGAGUUGGCAAGACUUCAGUUUGUGUCCCAUGAAAGUUCCGUAGUUCUGAACAAUAAUGAACUGACUGUAGGAAAAGUGUACCAGGCCAGGGUGCGUGUGAAGCCAGUUGAACCAAUAGAUACAGGUUGCUUUAAGGGGGAAUGGAGUGACUGGAGCCCUGUUGUGUCCUGGCGGUCUGAGAUUGGGAAGAUAGAAAUGCCACCACUAGCUCUGCCUGAUGAUAUCCGUACAUUUCUAAUCAUUGGCUUCCAUGUUUUACUUGUUCUUGCUGGCAUUUCUUUGAUUAUCUACAAGGUCAAUAAAAGCAGCUUGCUAUUAAAACCAAAACAUCAACAUGUUCCUGAUCCCUCCAAAUACUUCCAGCCUCUACACACCAUUCAUGGAGGAAACUUCCAGAAAUGGCUAGGCUGUCAGAAAUCUGUUGGGCCGUAUUUAACCCCACAGUCUCAUGAUGACAUCUCACCUAUCGAGGUCUCUGACAUAUGGGAUGUGGCCUUGAUGGACUCCAAUCCUCAGAUCUCUACAGCCACGCUCCUUCACUCCAAUCAGGCAGACUCUGGACUCGAGAACAGCGGAACCAGCCAUGCAUCCUCGUCCGGUAUCUCAAAUAUUGGCUACUUCUACAGCAAAUCCCAUUCGGGAUCCUUGUAUCUAGAAACCUGUCCCGUGUAUUUCAGCUACCACCCUGCUGAAGGCCCAAACCCUGCUCUCUCGUCAUCCAGCUCUUACGAACGUUUGAAAAACCCAAGUUAUAAUGUUGAAGAGCCAUUGAGUCCAGAAUCUGGAUUUGGCAUGGAGGAGCAUUAUGAGGAAGACCCUGAUGAUGAAGAAAACAAUGAUGCGGAGACCUGUGUGACUGAAGGAAAUAAUUUGGUUUCCUACAUUAUCUCAUUGUCACAGGGUUCCUUGGGUUCAGUUCGCCCCGUAGAGAGGAUUCCUCCCAUUACCGUCUUCACACCCUGGCCUGAAAUUGUGAGAGCGCCUAGCUGUAGUUUAACCUCUGAGCCUGCAGAUGGCGCUGUGGUCAGACCCUCCUCUAUGAUCGAGCCAUGUGUUAGUGGGUAUCUGACCCUGAAAGAGAUGCAGAAAUUCAGCAACAAAUCCAUUUGAGUGCAGGUCUUGUUGUGUCUCCGUCCAUUGUUUAUGUGCAUUAAUUGGAUGUAGCUCUACAAAUUUUAUAAAUCCAACACCUGGCAAGCUGUUUGAGCUACAUUGACAGCUUUGAAUGUUAAGGCCAUGUCCACAACAGUGCGUUUUAUGUUUCCUAACAUUAUGUUUGUUUGUUUAAAUAUGCUGUACUAGCAAUCGUUUUCAAAACGAUUGAAAACGAUUCAGUUUUUGGUGCAGAAAAAAUGGCAUUCCAGUGUGGAUGAGCAGCGUAAAUGUAGCAAAAUCAACGCAUUUUAAUCGGAAAAAAUAUUUUUGUGGACGUGAUCUAAGAUUAUAUUCUAUAGCGACAUUAUAAGCUACAUUUUAAAUCAACAUAAAAUUAAAACGGACCGUAUUUAUUGCUUAAUACGGUCCUCAUUUUACUGUCCACAUUUAAUUUGAAGUUUAUUCAUUAAGUUAUAUGUUGCUCCACCUCUUGAGACGACCUUCCUUUUCAGAUGAUGUCAUAAGGCCUAUUUGUUAAUUGGAGCCAAUUUAACGUCACGUUUUUUUGGUUUCGGUCAUCUUGGAGCUACACUGACACCUAGUAGCAUGGUUAUAGCGUCAUUCAAAAUCAAAAGUUUUCAGUUCCCAAUGCCUUUGUAGAAAUUCACUAUUCACAUUCAGCCAUGAUUAAUUAAUCCAUGAGUGGAAGUGUCCAUUAACAGGGCUAUUACUGAGACUAAGCCAGCAGUAUUCGGCUGGUCAUGUGAUAUUAACAUGGCAGCCCCCAUGUGUGGACCCUCUCCAUGUAGAAUAAACCAGAUUUUAUAAGGUGACCGAUAUGACUGGUCUUCAUUUACAUGUAAGUACUCAUGAUUUUAUACAUAUGUUAAAAUAAUUAUGAUUCAUGUCUUUAAGAGUUACACUUUCUUAAUGAGUGUACCUUUAUUAUUACUAUAAAUAUGUUUAUUUACAGCACAGUUGUAAUAGCAAAUAAUGAAAGAUUUGGAAAUGUCGAGAUGCACUGGAGCGUGAACUUAACCUUAAGCCUUACAUCCUGGUCGCCAUCUUGUUUCCAUUCUCUCCACAAUCAGCGGCACACUUGCAUUCAGCUCUGACUUCAUUCUUAUACGGAAAGCCUAAAUUUCACUUUCCAAUCAAUUUGUCGAUUCACGUUGACUUUAAAGUGUUCGAAAUUUGUUCAAACGCACUGUAUGAAGGAAAGUGUGUCUGUAGUUUAACACCUUGUAUCCAAGUCUUCGUUAUCGAUUUAUAAAUGUUUAGUUUGUUUUUUUACCAUUAUUCAUUGUAGCCUGUAUAACUUUAAUGAUCUGUUGAAUAAAUUGCCACCACUAACCAUUUAUAUUGCUUUUAUAUCACAGUUUAUAUAUAAUCUUUCAAAUUAUUAUUGACUAAAAUGAUUUGGCAGUACAAUCUCUCUUUUUAAGAGAGUUUAAAAAGUUGGCUAAAUUUUUUGCUGCUAUUGUUAUUUAAUCUUUAAAGCUACUGAAUGUUAUGAACAUGGUAUAAAUGCUGCUUAAUAAAUAUGUGAAUAACAGUUUUAAAUUCAGGGGGACAAUUCAUGAAUGCAAACGGCUGUUAUUGGACAAUAAAAACCUCUCAACAACACUCCUUUAUAUUUCUACCAUAUUGUGAGAUUCAUAUGACCUCUAAAAUAAGAUACAAAGGAUUGAAGUGGCAUUAUUUGUAAUUAUUUUAUAACAGUUGAGGAUUGUACCUUUUUAGAGUAUCAUUCAUGUAAUGCUGUGAUAUAUUCACUUUUUUGUAUUAUUUGGACUUAUUUUUUGUAUUUUACUUUUUUUAUUGAAACGUGUAUUUUCUGUAAUCGUUCGAAUUUAAAUAUUAAAAAUAAAUUACAAAA